AUGCCUACCGACGAAGUAGCCAUCAUUGGCGCCGGUCUGGCUGGCCUUUGCUUGGCCCUGGCGUUACAUCAACAAGGCAUCAAGGCUACGAUCUACGAGUCAAGACCCGCUCCUCUGAACAUUGGUGGCGCGGUCAUGCUGUCUCCCAACGCGCUGAAGAUCCUGGAUGCUCUGGAUUCGUACAACGAUGUCCGUGGUCGGGGCUACAAUUUCGAUCUCCUCGAGUGGGUCAAAGUGACUGGUGAAGUCAUAGAGCGGUAUGAGUUUGGAGGUGUCGAGAAGUACGGGUAUCGUGCCAACCGGUGCUACCGAUACGAGCUCAUUGACGUGCUCCUAUCGAAGAUCAAGCAGCUAGGCAUUACUGUCGAGUUUGGUCAGAAAUACGUGCGCGUCGUGGAGGAGACGGACGAUCAAGUCAUCUGGGAAUCCCACGAUGGAGUAAGGCGCACGGCAUCCUUCCUCGUUGGGGCCGACGGCAUUCACUCGUCAGUGCGAAGGUACCUGUAUCCGCACCUCGAGCCGAAGUUCAUCGGCAUGGCUGGGAUCACGGCCGUUGCGCCGGCCAACAAGGUCACCUAUUCAUAUGGCAAAAUCGACAAGCCGUUGACAUUCAUGUCCGAGGACAAAGGCGCAUUCGUCAUCGCUCCCCAACGACCAGACGCGUCCGAGAUGUUCUUCGGGAAACAGAAGAGAGUUGACGAGAAGGACCGAGCAGGCUGGGAGGAGUUCAUGUCCAACAAGGCCGACCUGAUCAAGUUCUUGCAGGAGGAUGCGGACGCGUUCGGGGAAGUCGCAGUCACGGCCACGGCAAACAUCAUCCCAGACAAACUCAAUGUCUGGCCGUUCUAUGUCAUCCCGCCGUUGGAGAGGUGGGCUUCUGCAAAACACAGGGUGGUGAUACUGGGAGAUGCCGCUCAUGCCAUUCCACCCAGUGCUGGUCAGGGAAUCAACCAGGCUUUUGAGGAUGUCUACAUGUUCUCGCUUCUCCUUGCAGCUAGCAAAACAAAGGGCGUCGACUUCGCGGAUGCUUUGAACUUCUGGCAGACGUACCGACAAGGUCGGAUUAACAAGAUCUUGGAGUUAAACAAGCAGAUUGACCUGAGGAGACUGCCCAAGGACAAACGACCUGUGGAUCAGACGGGCGCACCAGAUGAGCAGAAAGAGUUCGAUCUGCAGUGGUUGUACGAGCCUGACUUCAGCGCAGAGGUGGAGGACUGGGUCCGAAGCACGAAAGGGUGA